AUGGAGCCAGUAGAAACAGGAGGAAUUGCCAACAUUUGGGUAGGCAGCAACCAAAAGAGCAUCACAGUUGAUGACCAGCAGACCAACAGUGCGGACAUUCAUUCUGUGACUGACACAACUACAACCCCCAGAAACACACCUACGCUUCAGAACACAGCUCCCAUUAAUGAAGACAUUGUUACCUCUGAAGCCACAUUUGCCAUAACAUCCAAAAGCAUCACCACAGCUCACCCUAGCCCAAACACCGUACAUCAAAAGCACAUCAGCCCAGCCUUUGAGAAUGAUACUGCUACUGUUGGCCGUAGGGGGAGAGACACUUCGGGAAAAAGCCACAUCAGCAUCACGAAAGCAGCUCGUAGCAAGUCAUAUUCUAGAGAUGCACCUAGAGAAGUCUUAAGCUGGGAGUCCUCUUUCAAGUCCAAAGAUGCCCCAGGAAAUGCUAAUUCCACAGCUUCUGAAGAUGCCUUGAGCAAAGGAUGUGUUAUCAAGGCGAGCUGUGCUGAAAAUAAGGCAUCUGCAACUGAGGAGACCAGCACAGUUCUUGGAAAGAUCUCCACCACGGGUGACAAUUUCUACAAAACUCCUAGAAAUACCGCUAUGGAUGAAAGCAACAGGGACACUGCUGUCGACGUCACUCUUGGAAUCAGCUGCACUCCAACAAUUGCCCUAGGAGAUAUUUGCAACAGAAAGUCAGUUCCUGCUCCUGGAGAUAGCAAUAGCAUCACUUUUGGAGAAAAGGCUAUUGAUAGCUCAUUCUUUGGAGAGGUCUUCAAUACUGGAGACACUGCAAUUGCUGCCACUGUCUUUGGUGCCACUGUGGAUACCAAUGGCGCUCAAGUAACCUCAAGCCCUGAGGACUGUACCACUAAAGUGGGUGACAUCACCAGUUUCUGUGAUGAGUUAACCAGUGGUGCUAACCCUGUUUCUGACCCUGGAGACAUUUCAGCCACCACUUUUAAAGAAAUGUCCUUCUCUAGCCCUGAAAAUGCCACUGUCUUCUCAGGGGGCGGCACUACCAACCUUUUCAGUGCGGAGAAUUCAGUUGUCACUACAGCAUUUUCAGCUCCCUCCCAACCACCUUCAGCUGUUGUCUCUACAAACAUCAGCCUGGCUCUUGAUGGCAACAACACAACUUCUAGUCCUAGAGAUAGUCCUACCAAUGGAAACAAAACAGGAACUGUGUCUAGAGAAGCCAACGUUUCCUCUAGUACUGCUACAACAUCCAGAGAAACCCACAAAGCCUCCACAGAUGGCAGUCUUAACACUUCUGGCAAUAUAUCCACCCCUGUCCCUUUAGGGGCUGUCACAACAGACUCUGGAAACUCCGUCACCAUUCCUAGUGAGAAUGACAUGUCCCUUGGGAGCAUCACGACCACUUGUUUAGACACUGCCACCGUUAACGAGCCUUUUUUCAUUCUCCCUGGAAACGUGACCAAUGUUGUCGGCAUCAUAGACACUACAACUGGUAUGUUUAAAAACAUGGCCACAAUCCAUGGAAAUAUACCAGCCACUAUUGUAGUAGAGACCAUCACCAUAGCCUACCCUUCCGAAGAAAUUGCCACUGUGCCAUCUUCUGGCGAUGUCAGGGAGACGCCCACUCCCAGAGAGGAAGCUAGCACUGAGUCUGAAAAUUCAAGCGUUACACCUAGCUCAAUUCAUGUCCGUGAGAAUGCUAAUGCUGCUGGAUAUAUUGAUAUCAGAGAUUGUGGAGAUAACACAAUCAGGGAAGACAGCGUUGCAACUGCUCCAGAAAAUGCCAACCAAACCGAACUCUUAACUUCCUCUUUGAAGGGUGCCAACAUCAGUUCCAGAGAGAACCUCGACACCUCUCUUAAAAAGACAUGUAGAGAUACCACUGCAAUUGUUCCUUUCGUUGAAAGCACUCCCAUUCCUGUUGGUACUAAAAUGACAGCAACUCCAGGAAACACACUCACAAACAUGGUUGGGAACAUGGUCGCCAUGAACCAGGGGUCCACCGUUGUCUCUGGAGAUGCACUUAGCACCACCUCUGACGAGGACACCACCUUUAGACACAAGGACAGUAGUGAUUGUCUUGGUGACAAUGCCACCCCUGGGAAUGACACCGCCACCAUGUCCACAGAGGAAAACUGUUUUCUUCAUGAUGGUGCUAUCACCACUGUCUCCAGUGAAACCUUUGCUGCAUCCCAAGAUACCACCUUGAAUGUUCCUGGAUCUGUUACUAUCACCACUAUCUCUCAGGACACCACUGGAACAGAACUUGGGAAACCCUCAGAAACUAUAGCUGACAAAACCACUAUAGCUUCUGGUAACAUCCCCACUACCCAUGAGAAAACUGCCAGCACUGGUGUCAUUAUUCCUACAAAUAUUUCCAGGAGUGAACGUGCCAGAGAGGCCACUACUAGAGACACAACCACCACACUGGAUGACCGGUGUGCUCCUGCUCUUCAGAGCACCGGUGUUGCAACUCCUGAAGAAGUCACCGUCCCAAGGACUUCUAUGGCAUCUAGAGAGGCAACUACGAUUCAUUUAGAGAAUGUCAGUGCCACUGUGACCACCUCUACUGCUUCUGAGGACACCUCUAUCACCUCUGCAGGUGCUACUCCCACCAUUGGAAAAAAUACUAUGGAUGUUGUUUCUGGAGAUGUCUCCACUUCUACCUACAGUGCAGCACAGGACAGAAAUCUGAAUGCCAGUACUAUUGCUGAUGACAGCAAAGCCCCUUCAGAUGCCACCAUGGCUGUUUCUGAGGUUGCCACACCAAACCCCGGGUCUGCUACGAACAUUUCUUUGCUCUCAACAGAAAUAGAAAAUGAUGCUGCAGAAGACACUACCACCAAGGACACACCUGGCUCUUUGCUAAUCAGCACAACUAAGAGCAGAGACACCUCCACCGACACUCCAGAGGAGAUGUGCUAUGGAGACAGAGUUGAUUCUGUGUACAGUGAGACCACCACAAUCAGGGGGCAUAUGCCUACCCCUAGUUUAUCAUUCUCAGCUGGAACUAGUAUUCAAGAGGCCAGCACAAGUCCAGGAGAUACCACCCCUGCCUUUAGUUGCACCACCAAAAUUCCAGAGGGUGCACACCUUGUUAACUCUGUGCACAAUGAGAUGCUCCUUGCCCUUGAGCAGGCAUCCUGUAGGAAAACAACCAGUAGUGGAUGUGUCAUUGCUGAAGCCACCACACAAAGUGAGAGGAACCUAACAGAAAAUGCUUCUGGCUCCUCUGGAGACAAGAAGAUAUGGAUUGAUACUCCCAUGUUGGUAGGAACUGAGAAAGGGACACCACGCCCCAGUGUAACUAGCAGGACUUUUAAAAUAUCUGAAGUCACUACUACUUUUGAAGAUGCCAGAUACACUGCUGCUACCAGUGCUUUUUCUGUAUUUGCUAAUGAAGACAACAACACCACGGCAACGUCUGUAGGCACCAACUUCAUUCCUACCACCAAAUUCAAGGAACCUACUGCUACCAAUGUCUCAGGAGAUGUUUCUCAAACCACCAUCCUUGGGGGAGAUGCUAUCACCAUCACCACCACUACCAUGGGAGCCACAUCCACAGUUGCUUCCCUUAGAGAUACUGUCAUGGCCACCCAGGAUUUUCCUGAAGAUAUUACCACUGUUUCUAAAAACAUAUCUACUAACAUCCUUCAGGAUACCCCAAAACUGGGAGAAAUAGUUACCUCAGAGGAUACUGCUGCUACUACUUCUCUCAGAGACAUCAGAAUCCAUUGUGAUGUCCUUACUCGGGGGACAAGAUCUUCUGCAGACACUCACAUCCUUGAAGAAACCUCUGAUCUAGCUAAGAUUAUUCCAAAAGAUGAUCUCAGAGGUAACCUUUCUGAUUGCAGGACUAUAGUUACAACAAAUGUAAGCACUAGUACCAGCAAUACCUUGAGUGAUACUGUUUCUACUCCUGAUAAUGCUACUUCUGUGUUCAGGAUCACUACUAGCUCUGAUGGAAUUCCAACUUCUAGGGAUGUCCCAGCCACCAUUGUAAGUGCCAGGAUGCAGGAUCAGACCACAAUCACUGAGGCUCCCACUGUUGUCCCUGAGAUUUGCUCCUUUGCUACAGGAGAAAAUGUCACCACCAUCACACAAACUGUCACUGGAGAGGCCACCAUGGCUACUGUCCCACAAGGCACAGUCACCGGUAAUGUCACCAUCAUCAAUAAUCCUGAAAAUGCUGCCAAUAUAACAGUCAGCCCUAGAGAUGCGGAUGAUGAUGCUUCUAAUCCAUGGGACAGAACCACUUUGACCCUUGAAGCAAUAGUCCCCACAGGGAAGACACCUUCCUUGGGUAAUGCAAUCAAUGUGACCACACCUCUAAGAGAAGCCAGUGCUCAUCCACACAGCUUCCCUCCUACAGAGGCAUUCAGCACUCCGGACAGCACCCUUUAUGGUGACACCACUGGUCACCCAGGAGCAGUAUUCAGUCCAAGCCUGGACACUAUUUCCAUACCAGGAGAUACUUCUAAGAUACCUGAGACAUGCAUUGCCUUGGACAAUUCCAUCCUUCCCACCCAAUUGGUUGAUGGAACUGACCUGCCUGUUGCCACUGAAGACACUUCUACCCCUAAAGCCACUCCUAGCAUUACCACUUCUGAAGACCUGAGCAUUAUCACUGUUGCCCCUGAAGCUACCACAGUUCCUGGAUGGGCAAAUGCCAAUGAAUAUAGAGGGGCUAUUGCUACCCCUGUCCCUGAGCGUAACCCCACCACAUCAGAUGUCAUUGUCCUUUCUUCUGGAGAUAGUACCACAGGCCUCUCUGGUAGCCAGGACACAAUCACCACUGCCACACCCUCUGAGGAUAUCAUCGCCACUGAAGAUGCUGCCGGGGCCCCUGGAUACAACACUUCUGACACCAUUGCUCCAACAGCCACUGCACUUGGAGACAUUCACCCCACCACUGAGACUGCUUCGGGAAAGGUCACCAGCACAAUCAGAGGCAGCCCAGAAAAAAGAGGUGCUUUUACAAAGAUCUCCAGACCUAUUCUUGAAAACACCAGCACCAAGUAUGAAGCUUCUAGUCCUAACCCUGGAAGCCACUAUGGGAAGACACCAACAUCUGACACUGUAUCUAUGCCUAUGACUAAUUUGGCCCCCUUUGGCAGUGAUUUCCCCAAAUCUGUCAUUCAUGCAGGUGAAAUGGCAACUGAUAAAAUUCCUGAUAGUAGUGCAAAUGUUGCCAACAAAGCCUCUAGUGGAAACUCUACCUCUACCAGUGGAGGUAAUAGUUCUUUCUCUGAAAGCUUCGCCACCUCUGAAGGGCCAGUUACUUCCAGGCAGAUCAGCAUGGCAGCUAUGCUUGAAGACACUGAGACACAGAAAGAUACCUCUGGGGCAAGCGGUUCCCUUGAAGAGACACCUGUCACUGAGGUGCGUUCCGUCUCUGAAAUGAACCUUACUUGUAGAGAAGACACCAACAUCACUCCUGAAACUACAGUUACAGAAGAUCCCAUAUUGUUCCCUAUUGCUGCUGCCAUCACUCUAAGCAGUGGAACCAUCCUUUCCCAUAGUGAGACUACAUCUCUAGGGAAAUCUACAGACCUAAGCUUGAGAACCAUCUCUUCAGCAGAUUCCAUCGCUAGGACUUUCACCAACCCAAGAGACGAUGCCCAUAUUUUCCCCGAGGUAAUAUCUGUCCCGUCCUCUAGAGGCACUGGGAAAGAGAGCUCAGCUAUUGGGACCACUCUUGGAACUGUUGAGGCUCAAACUUCUAAAGCUACUCCUCCUUCUGAGGAGAGUCUCGUCCCUGGUGACACCAGUGUUUCUGAAGAUACCAGUACUACGGCAGCCACAUUUGACACUGGAAAGGCCUCCACAUCUGGUGCUAACAGUGUAUUGGAAAAACACUCCAGUUCAGAAGCAGCAUAUACCACUACCAUCAGCAGUGCAUCUUUCCCUGGGAUUAUUGACUCCACACCUUGUGACAGUGAUAGACCUGAUGAGACACUUCCUUCUGGGAAAGUCACCACCAUUGAUGACUAUGGUAAGAUACCCAGUUCCAGAGCUACCACUUCUCCUAGAGAGGCUUUGGUAUUUCAAGACAAAGCUACCAGUGCUUCAAGACACCCAAACACCCCUGAAAAUAUCAGAAAUGCACCUGAAAACUCAAUGGCCGAAGUCAGCAUUCCUGUCUCUGGAAGCAACAGUGCUGCUCUAGAUGAUCUCGUGACCACCACGCUUGACAAGUCCAAUGACACCCACACUAGAGACUCUGCUACUAUUGAAAGGGCCCACGAUAUCAGUUACAGAAAAAGACCUACUCUAAAACUGAGAGAAGCUGAUACUAGCACACUCACAGGCAUUGCAAUGGUUCCAGGAGGGUCUUCCACCAUCCCUCCAGCAGAAGCAACCACCGUCACAUCUGGAAAGACCAUGGACAACAGUUCAGAGAGCCCUAUGUCCACAGAACAGAACAGUGCAACUGUCUCUGGGGACCCCUCAGCUGCCCCAGGAUUGGUCCUCAAUGCCAACUUCGGAGAGACUAAUAUUGCUAUAACUGGAAAGACCACGGAUCCCACCACUAGAUCCAUGGAUCCAGGUGUGACUCUAGCUAUUAGUUUGGGAGAGGUGCCUGAUGCCGCCACGUUUGGAGAAAGUGUUGACACUACUGCAGAAACUCAUGGACACAACUUGGCUGACCUGGAAGUGUCUCUUAUUGACACCCCAAGAGGAGUUGCCAAACCUGGAAAUGCCACUGAAGCCACCCAAAGAGAGACCCCCAAGGCCAUAUGUGAAACCACCACAGUUAUUCACAGGAAAAUAUCGCCCGUGGUCCCUGGGAAGGCCCCCACCACUGCCACCUCUGGAGCAUUCCCUUCCACCGUUCUUGGUGAGAUUCCACCUGCUGUCUCUGAAGAUGCUGCCAUGGACUCUAAAGAGAGUCCUCCUGCUGCGCCUACAGAGAACGCUCCUGUUGCUGCCCCUACCUGCAAAAAGGCUCCUGUGGUUGCCCCCAGAGGGGUUACCUCCGCUUCCCAAGGAAAAUCCAAAAUUACCAAGCCAGGUAAGCGAGAUACAAUCUAGGUUUUGUGAAUGCUAGCUAAAUAUCAUUUUAUUUGUUAACUGAUAUACCACAAAAUGACAAAAUAAGCUUCUAAGCCAUGGGUAGGCAAACUAAGGCCCGGGGGCUGGAUCUGGCCCAAUCGCCUUCUCAUUCUGGCCCGCGGACGGUCCUGGAAUCAGUAUGUUUUUACAUGAGUAGAAUGUGCCUUUUUAUUUAAAAUGCAUCUCCAGGGUAUUUGUGGGACAUAGGAAUUCGUUCAUUCCCCCCAAAAAAAUAUAGUCUGGCCCCCCCACAAGGUCUGCUGAAAAAGCUUGCUGACCCCUGUUGUAAGUAGUUUGCAAAAUAUUUUUUUAAAAGUUGCAUGAAUUUUAAAAUAGAAACAUCCAUAAUUAAACUAUUUGUUGAUUUAAUGUCCUUACUUUGGAAUAUGGAAGAUAAGUCGGCCUUUUGGGUAACCAGGCCUGCAAUUGCUUAGGCAUAGCUCAGUCGGUAGAGCAUGAGACUCUGAAUCCCGGGGUUGUGUGUUCAAGCCCCAUGUUGGGCAAAAGAUCCCUGCAUUGCAAUGGGUUGGGCUAGAUGAGCCUCACGGCCCCUUUCAACUCUACGAUUCUAAGACCUUAAAAUAGCCACCGCAAGUCCCUCAGCACUGACAUCACACAUGCCUGGGUGAGGGACACAGCUCUGUCCCCUAAGAAGCUUGUGUACAAUAUUGCACCCAGGUGUCCAUUGGUCUUUGGGGUCGUCAUAUGUGAUUGGGCAACCAUUCUGAAAUCUUAGCCCCUGGUUUUCAUAGUGGAAAGCAGGCCUUUUGAAAGAGGCAUAGGCGUGGGAGCUAUGAGUUCGCUCCUGGCACAUCCUUCCAGCCCAGUUUUUGUGUGUUCUUGAUUGAGAUGCCAGAAGCCAACCUUCCUGUUUUAAUUAAUGCACCACCUCUUUCCACAUGAACCUACCCAGACCCUGAGAUCAUCUUCCGAGGCCCUCCUUCGUGUGCCUCCUCCUUGAGAGGUCCGGAGGGUGGCAACACGAGAAUGGGGCCUUCUCUGCAGUGGCUCCCCAUCUCCCCAGGGAAGUUCGCCUGGCGCCUUCACUAUACACUUAUAGGCACCAGGCAAAAACAUUCCUUUUUAACCAGGCCUUUGGUUGACCUGAUGGACAUCCUAUACCCUUUUAAAAUGUGGAUCUUUUUUUGGGGGGGGUGUUAUUGGGUUAUUGCUCUUAUUUUGAUUUCAUACGUUGUGAUCUUUUCUGUGAACUGCACUCAGACCUCUGGGUAUAGGGUGGUAUAUAAAUUCAAUAAAUAAAAAUAAAUAAAAUAAAAAUUAAAAAUAUGUGGCCCUGCCACAGCACACCCCAGACCAGUCCUUUCCCCAGCUAUCAGACCGUCUUACAGCCAGGGGCGGAGGAAGGGGGGUGCGGUGGGUGCGGGUUGCCCCAGGUGUCACCACUGAGGGGGGUGACAAAAUGCCGGGCGGCACUCACCGCAGGGCCUGCAGUGCACCCGAGCCACACAUAUCUCCUGGGAAAGACACAGUGGCUUGGCCACGCUGCCCAAACGGUCCACCCACUGCCUCCUCCCCAGCUGUUGGGUGGCUGAGUGGGAGGAGGCAGGCAGUCUCUGGAGGCCCCAUGGAGCGCCCUGCCCCUAUGGGCAGCUCACCCCGCCCAGGCGCCCGAGAGGCUUCCUCUGCCACUGCUUACAGCAGUUUAGUUACUUUCCAGACCCUUGAUCAUCUUGGUUGCCCUCCUCUGCACACGUUCCCGCUUGUCAACAUCCUUCUUAAGUUGUGGUGCCCAGAACUGGACACAGCAUUUCAGGUUUGGUCUGACCAAGGCAGAAUAGAGUGGGACUAUGACUUCCCUUGAUCUGUACACCAGACUUCUGUUGAUGCAACCUACAAUAGCAUAAGCUCUUUUUUUGCUGCUGCAUCACACUGUUGACUCAUGUUAAGCUUGUGGUCCACCAAGACCACAGGGUAACUGCAAAGCACUCUGCACAUGACCAGAGUCUCAUUGACUCAUGUGACGAAAGCAUUGAAAACAAUUUCCACUGACCACAAAGGGCAAGCAUAAGCUCCAGAUGAAGCAGCAGCAAGCCAGAUGAGAUUAAAGCAGCUCAUUCUUUCUCUCCUUGUCUCCUGCAGUGACCCUUCUGCCAUAUUGGCCCACGCUGCUCAUCGGCAUGCUGGUCAUCCUGGUAUUGGCUGUUGGAUUUUGCAUGGUAAGGAAGACAGGCACUUCACACACACCCCAGACAUUGUCAGAUAUACCCUUAUUGGGUGUGUAGAGGACAUUUGUUUGUUUAAUUUUAAUAAUAUUAUUUUAGAUUAGAGGAAAUGGGCAGGGUGGGGGUAGGGGUGGCAAUUGUCUUGUUAUUUAAAAAAGUCUUAGGUGUUUUCUAAGCCUGGGAAUAAUGGAUUCUGCCUACUUCCAAGAUGAAAAAGCACAACAAAUUAAAAUUUAUGGAUAUUUUUCAGUUUAGAAAAGGACCAAAACAGUGGGGAUUUUUCCCCCACUUUUAAAAAAACAAAACCCUAAUUAGCUGGGGGGUGGAGAAAGAAAAUUGACACUUCUAGAGAAAACUGCAUGAACUUUAAAAAGCAAGUAGAAGGAUUUUAAAGAAACAAUAUAUGGAGGUUUUCGAUAUUAAAGAUUUUUAAAGGGAGGGGCAGAAUUUUGCCCAAAGGCUUAGGACAAUGAGGAAUUCGAGGAGGAGAGGAGAGUUAUGCACGCCAGAUGUUUUAAUGCACCUUUCCCAAAAUCAGAUAGAAGGUGUUUUUUGUUUUUUUAUAUAUAAAAUAUUUAUUGAAAUUUUCAAAGUGUUACAACAUAAAAUAAAAGCAAAAGAAAAUACAAAAUAAAAAUAGUUAACAAAGUAGAAAAAGAAAAAAAAACAAACCCCUUCCAACCAUACGAAUACAAAUUCAAAAAUAAGAAAAAAAAGACAGAGAAAAAACAAAAAACAAAAAUACAAUUUAAGAGCAUUUAAAAACAAAUUCAUUAUUCUCGAAUCCUCAACUGUCAUUACCUUCUUUCUUUGACCUCCUCCUCCUCCCUUUCUUUGUAUCCUAGUUAUUAAUUAUCCCAGCAAAUCCUUUCCAUAUUUCAUAAUAUUCUGUCAUUACAUUACCCUAAACAGUUUUAAUCUUAUCUUUCAAUAAGAAAAUAAACCUUAAAGCUUAAAACUUAAAUCUUAUCCUUACCAGCUUCUCAUAACCAUAAUAUUCUUUCAUAAUUCUUUAAACAUCUUUACUAAAGCCGAGUAAUUUCAUUCCAACAUUUUUCUGAUAUUCAUCAAUUUUAUAAAACAGUUCUAAUGGUAGAAAAAAGAAAUACAAACAGAUCCAAUCUUCAUCCAACGUCCCUUCCUCCUGGUUCUGGGUUUUGUCAGUCCUUAUUAUCCCAUCGAUCUGGCCCAUUAACCUGGCAACCUUAUAUCCGAGGCCCUCAAGUCUCUUCCAUGUCCCUUCCGCAGCUCUUCUUCAUAUUUUCCCUUGUCUCCUGCUCGUGGUAACUCCAGCUUGGCAAUAUUUUUAACCCUUCUCGACAGAUCAGCCCCUUUUCCAUAUUCAGCACUAAAUUCCAUAUGGUAUUUAAAAGCAUGUUUCAAAGACCCUCCAAAAUUAAGAGCCCCCACAAUCCCAAACAUCUCACGGCCCAUUGCCAGAUUUGAGAAGUCCAAACAUCCCAGCAUAGGGGGGUCAAUCCAGCCCCCCAUUUCCAAGCCAAACCAAAUUUUUCCUUUCCAAAUCUGGCUUUUUCCAAGUUCAUUUGUCAAAUCCGAAAACUCAUAUUCCUGUUGGGCCUGUUCUGUCAGGACACACUCCUGAUUUAAUUCCUGGGUGGGCUCCACAUAUUUUCCCACUGUCUGUUCAAAAUUUCCCACUGCCUGUUCAAAAUUUCUAGUCGAAGUCGUCAUCAAAUUCACCUUCUCAUGUAACUGUUCCAGUAGGGCAUUUGUUUUGUAGAAAGCACACAACAAAGCUUCUGAAUACAUUGUCCUGCAAGGUCAAAUGCCUAUUCCCACGAUUGUAAUCUGUAAACAGCUGCCGGCUCCCUGGAGUUGGUUACAGUUUCACAGUCUCCCUCUAGUGGGAAAACUUCUAUUUGUUCUUGCAACAAAGUUUCCCUUUUUGAGAUACUUUGUCAAUAUUUGUUCCUUUGAAAUGCGAAGGGCAACAGUGGAAUCACUAUGUUUCUCUUCUUUUAGCUAUCUGUCAAAAACGUUUGUCUCUGGUCAAAGAACUUCAAAUGUCAGUCCUGACACCCCGCUCCAGGAUCAGGACGGAGGAAAGUUGCUUUACUUUAAACUCACUUUAAACAGUCCAAAAAAGAUCCCCCUUCUUCUCCUGUCGAAGGGGAGUUCCACAAUUUUAAAUGAUGAAAUCCAAUCCUUUAAAAGCGAUUUUCUGAGCUCUGGUUUACGUUGUCUUUGCUUUAUUAUGUCUACAGAAGAACGGAAGGCUGACUUCCUGUUUAGACCUUCCCGUUCCGUACCAAAUUGAAAUAAAUUUUUAAGAUCCAAUUCCUUUCUGCUCGCAAGUCCCCAUCUAAUGUCCAGUUGUUCAAAGUACUCAUGGGUGCUUAUUUUAGAGUCCAAAUUGUCCCAGAAAAAAGGCAGCGCUCUCUGGCAACGGCUAUGCGGCUUCGCUCCACGGAAAUAGCAGUUGACUCACAGCACCGUGCCACUUCCCCCUCUUCACUUCGGAGCCCGUUAGUGGGUUCCUUAGCGAGUUGGGGGGGGGCGCUAAAGGUGCCCGCCGAGUACCAUGGUCACAGGCUUCAUCCGCCUGUGAUUUUUAAAAGGGUCCCCGCUUCGCCGUAGCGGAGAAGACCCAUUUCCCGCGGAGCUAGUCCCUCCAGUUCAGAGGGAGUCCGCCAUUGCCGAUGGCGCCACCCCGGAAGUCCUCCAGAUAGAAGGUGUUUUUUGAGCCUGGACUUGAGGGUCCUUUUCUUUGGUUUGUGUGUUAUUAUUGCCCUGAACAUAUUAUUGCCUCUCUCUCCCCCCUAGGUCAUCUACUAUGCAAUGUUCUUCAUCCUGGUCACCUACUCAACAUUGUAA